AUGGGCCUCCUGAAGCUGUUGAAAUCCCAGUUCUUGUGCCACCUGAUCAUGGUAGUGUUCCUGGUCAGCGGCCUCAUUGUCAAUCUGUUGCAGAUCUGUACUUUACCUCUGUGGCGGGUCAGUAAGCAGCUGGCCUGCAGGAUCAAUGUCAGACUGGGUUACUGCAUCAGCAGCCAGAUGGUAGCUGCCCAGGAAUGGUGGUCUGGGACAGAAUGCACACUUUACACAGACCCAAAGAGUUAUCCACUGUAUGGAAAGGAGAAUGCAAUUGUGGUUCUCAAUCUCACUUAUGAUAUUGACUUCCUGUGUGGCUGGACCAUCUGUGACAGAUUCGGAGUUCUUAAGGUAAAGACCAAAAGAGAGUUACGUUAUAUACCUGUUGUUGGCUGGAUGUGGUACUUCCUGGAGAUAGUUUUCUAAGAGGAGGACCGAAGGACGGUGGUUCAGAGCCUUCAGAACUUGCGGGAUUACCCAGAAAACCUUUGGUUCUUGCUUUUCUGUGAAGGAACACGCUUCACACCAUCAAAACACCGGAUCAGCAUGCAUGUGGCUGAGAGCAAAGGCUUACCCAAACUGAAGUAUCAUCUUCUGCCCAGGACCAAAGGAUUCUCUGUAUUUUGGGUGGAUGUUUAA